AUGCAGAACAAGGAAGAAAAGCGUCCACAAGUUUCCUUUUCCCAUGUCCACCUCUAUGUGGACGAUUUGAAGGAUCUGGAAGUCUACAAGGACCUGGAAAAUAGACUGAAUGGUUUUGUAAAGGGCUGCAAAGAGCCGCUGGGCCAAGACAUUCCCACACAACGAAGUGAUUGGAAAGCUUUACAACCCGACCAUUUUUCGUCCGACAAACCAACGGCAUUUGUUCCACAGAACCGGGAUUUGGUCCAGCAGCUCUUGUCCGGCUUUGGCUUUCGUGUUACGGGAGCUCGCUAUGCAACCAAUGACGCCUGUAAUACUCGUUCUGUAUUGAUCACUUCCAAGGAUCCAUCAGGUGUUCAAUUCUUGCUGACCGCCAAGGAUCCUGCUGCCGAGUCCAAGGAACACGAUUCGUAUCAUCAUUUUGAUGCUGACUGUCUCGAUCGAUUCUACCAGUGCCAUGCUGACCGUCCAGGAAUUGCCGUCCUGGCAUUUUUGGUCGAAGAUGUGGAUCUCAUACACCAACGCUACCAAAAACUCCACCCCAAUUUGGUUGUUGGCAUGUGGGAUUAUCCCCAAGACCAUGUCAAGAUUUUGGAAGUCUAUGCUUAUUAUGGCAAAGAUUUGGAAAGCAAACAAGCGGACAAGGGCACCAUCUUGCGGUUUGUCCAAGACAACCGACAAGGUGCCAAUGAACAGGCUGGAAAGAUUUGCCCAGUGCCUGGAUUAUCGCAAGUAGAUGCCAAGUUUGAUGACUUCACCCAGCCAGCCUAUUGUGAUCACUGGGUUUCUAAUGUGUUUCAUCGCAGAGAGUUCCUGGAUACCCUAUUGGAUACUCUAGACUUUACUCCAAAGGUGGACUUUAAUGCGGGAGUUGUGGCGGCCGGGGAAGCGCAAAUUGAGAGUACCGUCACUGGAAAUGAUGCGGCCACUCUCGUAGACAAUCUGAGCAAGGAGGAAGCUUUGAGGGAUCAGAGCCAGGUUUACCUGCCCAUCAACAAUGCGCUGUCACAAGUAGGACAUGUCCAUGGCUUCCUUGAAGAGCUGGGACAAGGUAUUCAACACAUUGCUUCCAGAGUGGACGAUCUGGUGGCGUUUGUACAACGAGCCAAUGAUUCGCGGAAAAUUACCGGCGAGGGUUUUACGUUCCUCCGCAUUCCUCGGAGCUAUUACGGUGUCGUGACUAUCCCAUUCUUGAUCAGUCAGGUUGGAAGCACUCAGUCGUCAGGCGAAGGUGGGAACCCUGGAUUGUCGGAGGACAGUGCACGGGCUAUCCAGGAAGCCUGCAUCAAGUCCGAUGUAACAUCGAAGGAUGGAGCAGUUGAUUUGGAACUGACACGACAAGAAAUCUCCGACCGGCUUAGCAAAAACAUGGCAGAAGAAUACUCGAACGACUUCAACAUUCAGAAGGAUGCAGUUCUAGAUGCCAUUCUUCACUCUCGGUAUUCCAACCUCUACAGUUUGCUUCGCCAUCACGUGACAGAGGAGACCUAUCUUGGCAUUGUCCGCAAUCAGAUUUUGGUGGAUGUUCAGGGUGACGAUCUUCUCUACCAGAUCUUCACAAGCAACGUCUUGCAACGUAACCCAGGAGACGAGGCUCCGUUCCUUGAAUUCAUCCAGCGAGUUUGCUCCGUUUGUACAGAGGAGAACGGCUGCGCGCAGAAGGUGAAGCCAGGUUGUGGCGGGUUUGGAAUUCGCAACUUCUUGACACUGUUCCUGUCCAUCGAGGUGAGCAAAGCGAUGCAGGAGGUCUCGGAGGCAAUGGAAGCGGGCGACCUUGCGCGUCAGCAGUACGCAGAACAAAUGGUGGAUGCUUUCACUCGGCAACUCAAUGAAGCCAACCCAAUCUUGACAGCCAUUUCCGAUGCCAUGACCGACGAAGGGCGCAUCUUGGAGGCUGUGGAGAAAGCUGUUGCCUCACAGGCUCCCGACGACGAAAUUGCUGCCUUGCAGGCCAGGAUGGAAGAGGCUGGGAAACGAAAGCAAGCCGGAAACGAUGCCCUGAUGGUAUGCAGCGCACGCUACAAUGAGCUGAUGAAGUCUCUUCGCGAGGAGAGAGCCAGCAAGUGA